CCGAUUAUCGCUUUCUUUUUUGAUCGCUUUCCUUUUGAUCUCUCCUUCCCUUUGAUCUCUUCUUUCGUUUUCUAUUUUUCUUUUUUUCUCAUAAUAAUCAGUGUUCUUAUUGGAGACAGGAUUUGACACUGCUAACUUCUCGAGAGUUAAGCUAAAUAUCUCGAAAAAUCUCGAUCUCUAUUUUUCAACGAAUCUCGCUUCUAAGGAUCACUUUCUUCGUUUCAACUUUGCUCUAGCUCUCUUCCUCCUUCUUACUUAUCUAAACCUUCCACCAGAAACGGUUUAAUGGAACACCCAAAAAAUUUCAAUUGGAUUAUAGGGAUUGGAUGGAUAUAAUUAAAAAUGCACGUAAGCCCCUCAAGAAGUUCCAAGUGCCCACCAAGAAGUUCAACAACCUGCUGCUGUUGAAGAAACACCCCAACAACCACCAGCACCUCCCCCUGCUGGAGGCUAUGAAAGUGGGGGAAGCAGUGGUGCUGGAGCGGCGGCAGCUAAUAAUGAUUAUCAACAUGAGACGGAAGCUCCGGCUGCGGCGCCUGCAGCGGAGUCGUCUGAGGAAGAAGCCGAAACUCCUGCUCCUGAAGCACCAGCCGCACCGAGUUAUAACGCGGCUGAAGCAUCGUCUGCUGAACAAACUGCACCGGCCGAACAGCCGGCAGCCGAGGAACAUGCCGCUUCAGAAGAAGCAGCUCCAAGCUACAAUAAUAAUGCGGUUUCUGCUCCAGCCGCAGCUCCAGCAGCGCCCGAGCCGGCCCCAGCCGGUUUAUUUUAGAGAUUAAUAUUUUCAUAACCCCUUUCUUCUUUAGCGUCUGA